GCCCGACGCAGGGCCGGGCGCGCCCAGGGCCGGAGCGCAGCGGCCGGAGGGGCCGCGGAGGCGACGCCGAGGCCGCGCGCGCGCGCGCGCGACGAGCAGGUGGCGGCGGCUGCAGAUUUGAGGGGAGCCCUGUGACCGCUUCCCCUCCCGACACCGGCGCAACAGUGACGCGACUCCGAAUCCUGGAUCCGCAUCCUCCCCUGCUCCCCCUGGGAUCACAAGUGGCAAGAGAAGCAGACGGAGGACGGCCGUUCUCGCUGAAGGACCCUGCACUCGCUACUGAGCGGCGACCAUGGGCCCGCUCGCCUACCUGAAGACGCAGUUCGCGGUGCACCUCCUCAUCGGGUUCGUGUUCGUGGUGAGCGGGCUGCUCAUCAACUCCGUCCAGCUGUGCACGCUGGUCCUCUGGCCCCUGAGCAAGCAGCUGUACCGCCGGCUGAACUGCCGCCUCGCCUACUCCCUGUGGAGCCAGUUGGUCAUGCUUCUGGAGUGGUGGUCCUGCACGGAGUGCACGCUCUUCACUGACCAGGCCACGGUGGACCGUUUCGGCAAGGAGCACGUGGUCGUCAUCCUCAACCACAACUUCGAAAUCGACUUCCUCUGUGGGUGGACCAUGUGCGAGCGGUUUGGCGUGCUGGGGAGUUCCAAAGUCCUGGCGAAGAGGGAGCUGCUGUACGUCCCCCUCAUCGGCUGGACGUGGUACUUCCUGGAGAUCGUGUUCUGCAAGCGGAGGUGGGAGGAAGACCGGGACACCGUCAUCCGGGGGCUGGAGCGCUUGGCGGACUACCCCGAGUACAUGUGGUUCCUCCUGUACUGCGAGGGCACGCGCUUCACGGAGAAGAAGCACCGCGUCAGCAUGGAGGUGGCCGCCUCCAAGGGGCUGCCCGCCCUCAAGUACCACCUGCUGCCUCGAACCAAGGGCUUCACCACGGCGGUCCAGUGCCUCCGGGGGACAGUCGCAGCCGUGUAUGACGUCACGCUGAAUUUCCGCGGAAACAAGAACCCGUCUUUGCUGGGGAUCCUCUACGGGAAGAAGUACGAGGCAGACAUGUGUGUGAGGAGAUUCCCUCUGGAAGAGAUCCCGCUGGAUGAAAAGGAAGCAGCUCAGUGGCUCCACAAACUGUACCAGGAGAAGGACGCGUUGCAGGAGAUGUAUAACCAGGAGGGCGUGUUUCCAGGAGAGCAGUUCAAACCUGCCAGAAGGCCGUGGACGCUUCUGAAUUUCCUCUUCUGGGCCACGGUCCUGCUGUCUCCUCUUUUCAGCUGUGUCUUCGGCGUCUUUGCGAGCGGUUCCCCCCUCCUGAUCCUGACGUUCCUGGGGUUUGUGGGGGCAGCUUCCUUUGGAGUCCGCCGGCUAAUAGGAGUAACUGAAAUAGAAAAAGGCUCUAGCUACGGAAACCAAGAAUUUAAGAAAAAGGAGUGAUUCCUGGCUGUGGUUGCACACACGUAACCCGACGGUGGUGUCCAGUUAACUCAAAAACAGAACCACACACCCAGAUCGGAGGAAAAGACACUUAGAAACUAUUUUUCUUAUUAACUGGUGACUAAUCUCAACCAAUAAACCUUGAGCCAAGAGCAAAGCCGUCGGAAGGCCUGCGGACGAAGACGCCAGCGGCACCCCGGGCGGGGUCCCAGGGUCCCACGAGCCAGGCUCCGAGGGCGCCGUGCAUGCGGGCCCACCGCUGCGGGGGGCCGGGUCCCACCCCACCGCGACCUCGCGAGAAUUCUGCCUGCCAGAGGGAGCCUUCGGCCGCUUUCUCUUCUUAAACUUAGAUCCAUUUUUGGUUUUUACCAGUUAUUUUGGGAACUCCCCCUGCCCCCCCCCCCACCUCCUCCCCUGACCCCAGCAAACCCUCCCCGGCCCUCCCGGGAACGAGGACAUGUCAGCCCCCAGGCCCACAAAGCACCUGCCCGUCCUGUCUUCACACAUGGGUGUUCUCGGGUGACCAGGGCGGGCCGAGCGCCAGGUGGCCGGGCAGGUGCCCCUGAGCUGGCGGUGGGGACGCCCCACCCCGGCUGCCUGGCUCCUCCCUGAGCCUGUGUGGAAGCACUUUACAUCCGUUUCUAAAGUGAUCCGCCCCCUGAGACCUCUGUCCCUCUUUUUCCCUGCUCAGUCCUCAGCCCCUCUACUGGGCCGCACCCCUGCUGCCAGCCCCGGGGACAGCUGCCCUGCAGCCCACGGGCCUCUUGGAUGUUGGUUUCAAAGAACGUCCCCACCAGACCUCCUCUCUUCUGGAGGCGGUUGGAGACUGUUCCCUGGGAGCUCGUCGGCUCCUAGAGGUUUUAUUUUUACUGUUGGUCUGUUCAUGGCUCUCGUCUCCCUCAGAAGUAGAGGUGGUGGCCCCCCCUCCCUUCCCCGAGCAGGUGCCUGGGUGCCCGGGGCGGGGCUGGGCACCUCCUUGCGCAGGCUUCACCUGGGAGCCUGGGAGCACUGCCCCACCUCAGCUCCCCCUGCUGGGGGGUGUCUGCCAGGGUCCCGACUUCGCUGCAGCCCUGGACGUGGGGCUCCCCAGCAGGCCUCUCCCCAGGCUCAGCUCAAGCAUCCCGCUGUCCACCCGCUUGCAUCAGACUUCUUUCUUAAACCUCCCGCGUGCUGUUUUCAAGUCACACCCCCCUCGCCUUUUUUUUUUUUUCCCCUCUUUUUAGCAAAGGAAGGAAAAGUAACGGGUGUUAGCCCUGGUGCACUGGAGCCAGCGUGCCGAAUAGAGGCAGGUUGGAUUUUCUAGGAGAAAAGGUGGAGGAAAGAGGCAUGGAGAAAAUAUAGACUAAAUUGGACAAGUGCCUCUGCAUCAGCCCUAAGUGUGUAUUCUGGGAGGCUCUCUGGGGACAGCACGCGGUCUCUAGGACGAGGACGCUGCUGGGUUCUGUGUGAGAGCACCCCGCCCUCCCCCCGCUGCAGGGGGGGCCACCUCGGGUUAGUCUGCUCUCCUGUGGCAUGCUGCUCCCGGCUUCCGUGUUUGUGUCCUGUGCUAACUCACUAACACCUAAAGCAUCUUGAGAACGGUGGGAGGGCACUCCUGUGUGCAUGCGGUCCCUAGAAGGCCCAGGUUUAGGUCUUGUACCUUGUAAUUCAUGGUUCUCCUUGGCCAGAGAAGUUCUCUCCCCCUGAAAUGACUACGUACCGGGCACCCUCCUCCCGGAGCCACUGGAGGGGCCGUGCGGGGUCCGGGUACGAUGGAGGCUGAGGGCGGGCGUAGGUCUUAAGUCUCGGUGAUUCCCUUCUGAUCUAACACAGAUGAGCCCGUGCAUUUGGUGCCCAGACCUUGAGAGCAAGCAAACCUCACCAUGGACGUUUGGGGGGGGUUGUUUUUUGUUUUUCUGUUUUUUGUUUCUUUUUGGAGGGGGAUGGAUUUUGCUUUACGUCCGCUUUAGAAGGAGAGGGAGAGGGGGCUCCUUUAAUUUUCAAAAUUAAUAAAUCGCAGAAUAGUG